AUGUUUUCAGCGAGCACAAAUUAUAUGAAAGCCCAACAUACAAUCGCCAAUUCGUCGAAAUUUGUGACCGAGAUAUUCGCCCACUUUUCGGCCUUGCAGGCAGACUUAGUUCCCUAUUGGGAAUUAGCGUUAGCCAACCUGUUGAAACCUGCUAGCUGGAAAGAUUGGUGGGACUCUGUGUCGGGUAAUCCAUGGCUAUUUAAGGGACAACUCGAACCGAUAACCAAGUUAAUUCCAGAUGGUUCGCAAGUGAAAGAGUAUAUCGAAACACCCGAAUGGUUUUACCAAGCUAAACUGUGUUACUCGUGGUACCCGGACGGUGAUGGUGGGCAAUGUAGCGCCAGCGAUCGACUACUUUGCACCAUGGUCAAUUCAAUGACACCGUGGUAUCGCGACGAUACCGAUCAACGUGGGGGCGGGUGUCGUAUGAAAUGGGGCAUAGUUCAACAAGGUCUUACUCCAAAUUGGUUCAACCAAGUUCAGAUUUGUUUUCGAUGGCACCCGGAUGGUGAUGGUGGCCAAUGCGGCGGUGGGGCCCCGCCCGAGACGUGCGCACCGGUAGGUCAGUAUACGGCUGAGUAUAGGGACGAUACGGACCGACGUGGCGGCGGGUGUCAAAUGUCGUGGCGACUGGUGGCCCCAGCAAAUGCACCAGGCUGGCUUUUAAAUGCUAAAUUAUGCUUCAAUUGGUACCCGGAUGGUGAUGGAGGUCAGUGCGCGGCACCGGCACGUAAUCUGUGUGCCCUGGUUAAUCAGUGGACAGCCUAUUAUCGUGAUGACACCGAUAGAAGAUCUGGUGGUUGUCAGAUGUCGUGGGGCAUUCAGACUUAA